AUGCCUUCACCAGAAGAAGCUUUUGAGGCUAUGGUUGCUGAGGGAGAUACGCUAAAAAUUCAUGGUGAAGCAGAUGACACUAUUCCCAGCUCUCCAGCCACAAAAUCAAUCUCGCCAACGUCAACCGCUACUGCACUACGUCGCUACAUCAAUAAGAUUGAGAAAUCAAUUGACGGUAUAAAGAAUAUAUUAGACGAAGCAAGUUCAGGCCUCUCACGGCGUAUAAAAGUGGUUAAUCAAGGCAGCCUUACUUUAGCCGAAUUAGGCGAUCUACACCGUGAGAGCUUUGCGAAGUCGUUGGUGGACUGUCAAAUCUUUUUACACGAUGCUUCAUCUUUUUUGGCCCUUGAGCCCGGGCCGACUCCCAACCGCCAGGUGGGGGGAGGCGAAGCGAUGGGUAGUAUUCCACACGUGGACGCUUCUCCACUGUCAUAG